AUGUUCAAGUCCCUUGUGAAGCAUCUAAAGACACCACAGAGACCUACACGUUUGUGUAUACUGGAUUUCUCGGACCCAGCUACCUUCCCCCGUAUCCAAACCACAUCGGAUUCAUCUUUAGGUGGUUAUUCCACGGCAUAUUUCGACCCGUACAGACCGGCAACGGAAUCCCCAUUAGUCGCAAGAUUUCAUGGGUUACUAAAUCCGACUCUACCUAAAGGUAAUCCCAAAGUUUUACAAUCUGGUUGGGCCAUGUUCAAAACGAAGAACAGAAUAAAAGAUCCAAAGGCACAAUUCAAGCCGUUCUAUAUAUUCAAGAGUCAAGCCAAUUUCUGGUGGGAUUGGUCACCCUUUCAAGUUUUGCAUUUGCGUGUUCUAAAUUUGACGCCUAAUAGGAAGUUUAUGGUCAAUGUUCAAACCGAUACAAUGUCAAGAACCGAUUUGUAUCAGCAUAGGCUUUUUACUAGACCAGGAGACAACGAAACUCCAGUCUGGGAAAAUAUAUUUAUUGAUUUGUCCGAGUUUGUCUUAACCAAUAGAGGUAGUGUCCAAAUCCAAUAUGAAGCUGAGUUUGAAAAAGACAGAAUCAAAUCAGUCGGUUUAUCACUGGCCGAUGGUCAACAUGGUCCCUUCGAUUUGUUGGUAGAUAAAAUUGAGGUUUUAUCAGGAUAUGAUUAUUACCAAGAAAUGAAACAAGCACGUAACUCCAACAUACCACUGUUGAAUGUGAAAGAUGAAGAAACUGUACCUCAACUUUGCGAAUCUAACGAGAAUAAAAAUAGUGACUGA